AUGAAGAGUGCUCGCAAGCAAAACCCCGGUGUGCCAUCUCAGGAUAUUGAGCAACAAUUGAAGCGCCUAGCCUUUGAUGAGGCGGAAGUUUUUGACCCAAAGCUUCUUGAAAAUGAUUCGUAUUUUUCGGAUAAAGAACAGUCAGAUCUGUUGCCACAAAAGUCGCGCGAUUAG